UUUAGGGGCCAGAUCGCGAUCCAGGUAAGCCGGAUCGCGAUCUGGGGCCUUUUUCCAGAAGCUGCAAGGUAAGCCCCCAGAUCGCGAUCCGGGUAUUGUGGAUCGCGAUCUGGGGCCGAAAAACAGUUCAAAAGCACAAAUCCCCCUUCAUUUUCUUAUUUCCCCUCUUUCUAAUUCCAAACCCUAACCCCUCCCCAAUUUCAAAAUCUUCAAAUUUCUUUCAUAAAAGCACAUCAAUCACACACUUGAACAUCACAAAUUCACGAUUUGCACAUUUACUCCAAGAAUUUGGGGGUGAAUCUUCAAGAAAAGGAGGGAUAGGUACCGAACAACCGGUGGAAAUCAAAAGGCUUACCAAGUUGGGCACGCCAAGUGUUCGACAAAAUUCCCGAACGAACUUCCAAAGGCUUUCGACCCUCCAUCUCGCACAAAGUCGAAGGAAAUGACGUCGCCGGCCAAGAAACUCUUAAAGACGGGCGAAACCACCAAAAAAUCCCAACCCAAGGAGAAGGCUCCGGCAAAGGGAAAAGCCGCACCGAAGAAAAAGGCGGCUUCUCGAGGCACGGGAAGCCAGGAGGGCACUUCGAGCGCACCACCACCAUCUCAGGUGCCGGAAGAGCAACAAACCCCACGCACGGGAAACGUGCAACUUGAGAUGGGAUCCCGUGCUAAUCAACACACCAUCCUUGACCGCGUAGUCCUCGAACCGGGAGAUGAGUUUUUGUACGUGAACGUCGAGGCCAAAAGGGAAUUCAUACGUCGCCACAGCCGACCGUUUGUUCCAGAAAGGGAAUUAGAUAUCGAUGGCAUGGAAAAAGAAUCGAUCAUAGAAAACUUUGAUCGUCGACAAUGGAAGUACUUGGCCAAACGACCGGAGGACUACAACGAGAAUCUAGUGAGGCUCUUCUAUGCCAAUGCCGGUUUUCACCCGGGGUCGGUGGUCGUUCUUCGUGACAAAGAGGUGCGCUAUGACGCUGCUACAAUCAACAAGUUUUUCCACCUACCCGAAGUCCCGACCGAGCCGUUUCAACAACUGAAGAUGGCAACGACCUAUGAGGAGCUGAUUCAGACUCUUUGCCCUAGGGGUUCGAAGUGGGAAAAAGGAGAGCACUGGUUUCGUCGGGGAGAACUUUCAAGAGAAGCGAAGGUUUGGAUGUACUUCGUCAGUAGCAGGCUCAUGCCCACAAAAUCGACGGCCAAGACCUAUGCCCCACGUCUUACACUGAUGUAUGCCAUUAUGAAGAGGACACCUGUGAAUGUGGGCGCGAUCAUACACGCUGAGAUCCGACGAUGCUUAGGUGAUACCUCUCUAGGUCUGAUGUUCCCUUCCCUCAUCACUACACUGUGUGAUCGUGCAGGGGUCCCCACAUACGCGGAUGACCGGCUCACCAGGUCACCACAGCCUAUCUUCCCUUACCACAAGCUCCAGCCAGCGAGUGGACCCCUAGGCGAGGGCGACUCAGACUUACCAGAUGCGGAUCCCUCAGGUGUUCAUGCGGCUCGACCACAACAAAGGGCCAGAAGAGGCAGACAAGAAGCAGAACCACAGCUCCCGGAGUAUGUCGGCCAAUGGAUGGAUGUUAUGGAGGAAAAUGUGGGAUGGUUCAAGAAAAUGAUGAAGGCCAUGGCUGCAGCGCUUCAGUGCAGGACCGAUGACAUUGUCGAGCCACGGCCGUUCCCACCACGGCCUCGAUAUGAUGGAGCAUCAACCUCCGCCGCCGACGAGCAAGCACAAGCGGCAGCCACUACACUGGUGGCACAGGCCUGGGAGGAGUACGAGCGGGGACGACCGGAAGAGGAGGGAGGAGCCCACGAGGACGAUCAAGACAACUAGGGGACGUUGUGUUUUCUAUCCCUUUUAUUUUUUAUUCUGCUUUUGAGCAUAUGGACUAUGCUAGGAUUUAAGUUUGAGGGUGGUGUGUGUUGAACCUGUUUGUUUUUAGUUCGUUUGUUUUGGGAUGAGUCGUUGGAUUGAUAUUUCGUUUACGAUGUAUCUUUGCUAGACUUUGUUUUUAUUUUAUUUUAUUUAUCUUAUUUUGAUUUGGUCUUCUACAUGCAUAUCAUAUAAUUUAGUUUCGUUUAUGCAUUUUGAUUUCUGUUAUUAUGUUAUGUUUGUCACAUGCAUUUCAUUUAGGAUCGAGUGUAAUUUGCAUUUCCGGGUUCUUUUGAAGCAAAGCAAUUAAUGAAUUAGUAGAUGGGCUAGUUGAUUUUAAAAUUGAAAUUGUGGAUCACCGGCUAAUUA